AUAGUUUUGCGAUGUGUCUCCCAGCCAAUCACUGCUCACUUUUUAGAGUUAUUUAUAAAUUUUCCAGAAUAAGGAUUGACUUCCGUGUUUUGCUUUAGUUUCGGUGUUUUCUCCGUCAUUAUGGGUGCGUGUAUGGCCUUGUGUUCGCUGGCGAGCUGCGCGUCCUGUCUUUGCGGCUCUGCGCCAUGUCUUUUAUCAGGAUGUUGCCCUUCUACAUACAACUCCACUGUGACCCGCCUGGCCUUCUCCUUUUUCCUGCUGCUGGGCACAAUAGUGUCCAUCAUCAUGAUCCUGCCUGGCAUGGAGACACAGCUGAAGAAGAUUCCUGGUUUUUGUGAAGGAGGCUCUUCUAUACCCGGAAUUGAAGGGAAAGUGAACUGUGAGGUCAUUGUUGGCUACAAGUCAGUCUACAGGAUGUGCUUUGCCAUGGCCUGUUUCUUCUUCCUCUUCUCCAUCAUCAUGAUCCGUGUGAGAAGCAGCAAGGAUCCACGAGCUGCAAUUCAAAACGGUUUCUGGUUCUUCAAGUUCUUGAUUCUGGUCGCUCUUACUGUGGGAGCUUUCUUCAUUCCAGAUGGAGCAUUCAACACGGUGUGGUACUACUUUGGUGUGAUUGGGUCCUUCAUCUUCAUUCUGAUUCAGCUUAUUCUGCUGGUGGAUUUUGCUCACACCUGGAACCAAAAUUGGGUGGAGAACGCAGAGAAUGGGAACAGUAAAUGCUGGUAUGCAGCCCUGCUCUCUUUCACAUUGGUACAGUAUAUCUGUGCCUUUGCUGCUGUGGUUUUGUUCUAUGUAUUCUACACACAGCCAGAUGACUGCACAGAACACAAAGUCUUCAUCAGCCUCAACCUCAUCUUUUGUAUCAUUGUGUCUGUGGUGGCCAUUCUUCCAAAAGUACAGGAAGCUCAGCCGAGCUCUGGUCUGCUCCAGCCGUCUCUCAUCUCUCUCUACACCAUGUAUCUCACAUGGUCUGCUAUGAGCAACAACCCCAAUCGUAAGUGCAACCCCAGUCUGUUGAGUCUAGUCAAUAGCGGGCCGACAGCACCCACUCCAACCAGUGCCCCCGGUAUCCAUACACAGUGGUGGGAUGCUCAGAGCAUUGUGGGUUUGGUCAUCUUCCUCCUGUGCACACUGUAUGCCAGCAUUCGUUCCUCAAACAACAGCCAGGUAAAUAAGCUAAUGCAGACAGAGGAGGUUCAGAGGCUUGCGAGCACUGAUACCAGCGAGGGCGUCUCUGAGGAUGGCGUGAGACGAGCUGUGGAUAACGAAGAAGAUGGCGUCACAUACAGCUACUCGUUCUUCCAUUUCUCUCUCUUCCUUGCCUCACUCUACAUCAUGAUGACCUUGACCAACUGGUAUCAGCCUGAAACAGACUAUGCAGCCAUGAAAACCACUAUGCCAUCUGUGUGGGUGAAGAUUUCUUCGAGUUGGCUGGGACUGGCACUGUACCUCUGGACCCUUGUGGCUCCUCUAAUCCUGGCCGACCGAGACUUCAGCUAAACGCCCAUAAGAUUCUACAAGUGGGCUUAUAAAGAAGCAAUAUACCAUAUGCUAAGAUCACUUAUACAGUAAAUUACAGUAAAAAAAAAAAAAAAAAAAAAUGUUUGUAAACCUUGUAAACCUUCACAAGACACUUUUCAUUUACAUCUUUGUUGUUACAUAAUCAUAAACCCUUACCAAACCUCUACAAAUGUACCCACAAUACACCUCAAAGCCUGUCACAGAUGAUUCUUCAAUCUAGGUAAUGGUAUAACACUUUCUGUUUUAAAAACUAUCUAGAAUUCUUUAUGUAUACUUUAUGUAUAGUUUUUAUGUAUACUUCAAUUCACAUAUUCUGACAUCACACAUUUAUUUUAUUGUCCUUUAUAUCUGUCUUGGGUCCAAUUUUGUUACAAAUUGCACUACGUUUGAUCAAAUCAAAGAUGAAUGUUCAGUGGAAAAUGAAGAUUGCCUUAUACAUAACGAGAUUUUGCUAAUACAUUUUUCUAAAGAGCUGUAUCCAUUUACAGUUUUAAAGCUUUAUUUUAUGAGCUUUAUGAUGACACUCCUCCUGACCAAAAAGUUCUUAGUUCUGUUUUGUACUUUUAUUCUUUCUUAUAAAACUGAUUAUUAAAAAUGUACACAAGA